AUGGCUACCGCCCCAUCCCGUGAACUGUCUCAGAAGGAAGCCGACAUUCAGAUGAUGUUGGCCGCCGAUGUCCACCUCGGCACUAAGAAUUGUGACUUCCAAAUGGAGCGUUACAUAUUUAAACGCCGAAAUGACGGUAUUUACAUUAUAAAUCUUGGAAAGACAUGGGAGAAGCUCCAAUUAGCUGCAAGGGUUAUUGUAGCGAUUGAGAAUCCUCAGGACAUUAUUGUUCAAUCUGCUAGGCCUUAUGGACAGAGAGCUGUUCUCAAGUUUGCUCAGUAUACUGGAGCUCAUGCUAUUGCUGGAAGGCACACUCCUGGAACCUUCACCAAUCAGCUUCAAACUUCCUUCAGUGAGCCCCGUCUUCUUAUCCUCACCGAUCCAAGAACUGAUCACCAGCCAAUCAAAGAAGCUGCUCUUGGAAAUAUUCCUACUAUUGCAUUUUGUGACACUGAUUCUCCGAUGCGGUACGUUGAUAUUGGAAUUCCUGCCAACAACAAGGGAAAGCAUAGCAUAGGAUGUCUCUUUUGGCUUCUGGCUAGGAUGGUCUUACAGAUGCGCGGUACUAUUCGCCCAGGCCUUAAGUGGGAUGUGAUGGUGGAUCUAUUCUUCUAUAGAGAACCUGAAGAGGCCAAGGAGCAAGAGGAGGAUGAAGUUCCUGCCCCAGAUUAUGCUAUUGCAGACUUCAAUGCGGCUGUUCCAUCUGAUGGUCAGUGGCCCGCUGCAAUUGAUCAACCAUGGCCAGAGGCUGCUCCUCAGCCUAUUCCAGCAGUUCCAGCAGUCAACUGGACUGCCCCAGAAGCUGUUGCAGGGGACUGGGGUGAAGCUGUUCCAGAACCACAACUAAUUCCCACUCCCGGAAUUGAAUCUGUGCCAGCAACUGGCUGGGAUUAA